GAAGAGAAACACUUUUUCACCUUCAGUACAUCUAAAGAUUUGGUUUCUCUGGCUUGCCUGAUUGGCCAUGCAAAUUCUUUUAAGAUUUUAAGUCAACUGUGAAAACUUCCUUUUUUAAAAUCUUAUUUUUACUCUAAGAGGGUUGGUGUGUGCAACAUACUGCUAUAAGUGGGUUGUCUGAGACGCGGACAAUCAUCUUGAAAUGAGGAAGAGAACGGAGACCACUCUAACAAGUGAAAAAGUAAAAAAGAGGAAGAAAUGAAAAAGAAACUUACCUGAUAUCAAGCGUUAUACUUACACCAGAAUGGAUGCUCAGACGGUCGGGUGGAUGGUAUUUCUGGUCCUAAUAAAAAAUUUUUCUGCAUGGAAUAUGCAAGUUCCCUUUGAACUAGUGACCACAGAGCUGACAUCUACAGAGGGGUCCUGCAUUGAAAUCAAUUGCAGAGUCAUACGUGAUCUUGACGACGAGGAUGCAUACUGGUUUUGGAUGAAGGAUGCAAAAUAUAUUGACAAAGAUUAUGUUGCCACUAUUAUUUACAGCACAAAUAUCUCACAACGUCCUGUCAGUCCAGACUUUGUAGACAGAGUGCAAUAUAUCGGCUCUUCAUCUUUAAGUAGGAAAAUAAAGUAUGCAUCCUCAUCUGGGCCACUAUGUGGUAUUCUCAUCUGCAACCUGACGAAAGCUGACAACGGACAGUAUUCUUUCAGAUUUGUAGGAAAAGCAUUAUGGGCGACUAAAAAAAAUUCGACCCUCACAGUUAAAGAAAAUCCAUGCCCACUCACUUUUAUGAAACCACCUGCUGUGAACGUAUCUGACACGAUAACACUCACAUGCUCCACUUUGAGCACAUGUCUCUCAAGCCCACAAAUUGAAGAAUUGACACAGCCUCCCUUGACACAACACUCAAUGUCUCAGGGGAAACGUAAAACCACCACAGUCACAUUUACAGCCAGCUUGGAGGAUGAUGGGAAGGUGUUUUCAUGCACAACAAAGGAUAACAUGGACAAAUACUUGAUUCGGAAUAUCAGUGUAACGGUUGAAUAUGCUCCUAAAGACAUACAGACUGACAGCUCUAAAAAUGUCAAGGAAGGACAGUCAGUGACUCUCACUUGCUCUGCCAAAGGAAGUCCUCCCCCCAACCUUUCCUGGUUUAAGGAAGAAGAACUGCAGUCCUCAAAGGCAGAAUGGAACAUCCCAUCAAUUAAUGAUUCACAGAGCGGAGAAUACUAUUGUAAAGCUGAGAACAGAUAUGGAAAAAUUAAAUCAAAUCCAGUCGUUAUUAAUGUUACAUACGUGCCUCAUGUUGAGAUCGAGAUGACUCUACCUGUGUCGGUAGUUAAACAAGGAGAUAAAAUUAUUUUAAAAUGUGAUGUGAAGAGAAGUAACCCAAAACCCGGCACCUACACUUGGUUGAGAGAUGAAAAUGAAGUCGGAUGGGAGCAGACACUUGUUAUUGAAAAUAUCAGGCCUGAGGCCGGUGGCAACUACAAAUGUACAGCCACUAACAGUGUGGGUAAAGGAAUAUCAAGGCCACAUCAAAUCGAGGUUCAAUACAGGCCGAGGCAGACACGAAUUUCCAUCCCUGGCUCUCUUGGCAAAAGCGUGAAAGCUAAUAGCUUCCUCACAUUCACCUGUGACACCGAUGCCAAUCCGACCCCGAAGACUUACUCCUGGUACCGUUACAACAAAAAUAAACAGACUGACUUCCCCCGGUGGAGUUCCAAAACAACUCAGGAAAAUCAACUAAAAUUGAGUGCACAAAGAACAGAUGAAGCAUGUUACAUGUGCAACGCCACCAACGACAUUGAUACAGGGGAUGAUAGUGAGUCGUUGUGCAUAAAAAUAUUGUAUCCUCCCACCAAACCCACACUGUUGUUGGUUGCUGAGGUCACAGAAGGUCAGAGUAUCACCAUCUCCUGCACUGUUGAAAGUUUCCCUCCAUCAACUCUCACCUUAACAAGGACUCCCAACUAUAAUCAUCAGCCUUCAAUAUUUACUCACCACGAUAUUUAUUCGCAAGGCAUCAACAAACUCCACCAUACAUUUAUUGUAAAUUCAACCCACGAUGGCUUUUACACCUGCACUGCAAACAACAGUGAAGGUUCAAAUACAAGCAAGCAAAGGAAGUUGGUGGUGAAAUAUACUCCCAUAAACGUGAAAGUAGAAGGUCCGCCUGGUCUUGUUGUGAAUGAAAAUACGCUGUUGAAACUGCACUGCAAUGCCCAGUCGUACCCAUCAGUAACCUCUGUCACCUGGAUGAAGGUGACUGAUGGGAAAGAUAAAACCAUCCGGGGCUCCAAGACUCUGACCUUCAUCGUAGGGUCUGCCAGUCCCUCUGACAGCGGACUGUACAGCUGCGAAGCCCAUAAUGAAAUUGGAAGUGGAAAAUCACAGCGAGUUGAGGUUAAAGUCAGAUAUGCUCCAAAACGAAUAAACAUCUUGAGAGCACCAGUGAGGCAAGAGCAUGAUGGGAGGAGCUCUGUGAUGCUCAGCUGCAGCAGUCUCUGCUAUCCACCAGUUAACCAGUAUAUCUGGUAUAGGAGGAUAAAUGGAAAUGAUUUAAAUGUGUCUAAUCUUCAGAACUACACAGUGUUCUCAGACAAACCAGGAGUCUACUACUGCAGUGCAGGAAAUGAAAUAGAUAAAAGAUCGUCUGACCCAGUCCAUCUGUUUAACCGAGACUUUAUGAAGAUCCUGAAGUUCUCUUUUCUCUGUCUCACUAUCCUGCUCCUUAUUUUCGCAAUUUUCCUAGUUUACAGAUACAAGAGGAAAAAAUCAAUUCAACAAGGAACUAGGAAUACACAACCCUUAUUUGGUGUUUUGGGUUUGUGGAAUGGCACCGGGAGGGGGAAUCUGGGAAAUGAGACUGCCUUGGCAGAGCCUUUCAGGAGCAGAGAUGACCUCUUGCAAGACCAGUGGUGCCAUCCAGAGGCCCAAGGACACCAGCCAAAUCCAGACAGCACGCCUGCAUCCAACAUCUGCAGUGUUUACAGCACUUUGAAUCUGCCCCCCGUAAAUCAAGCUCCCACUGCAGAAAAACCCACAAGACAGCAAGAUGGACAAACAAAGGAUGAUUCUCUCAACUAUGCUUCUCUGCACUUUUGGGAUAAGCCAGAGAACAAACAGGUGAAAGCAGAAGAGGUUGCUGUGUACGCGAAGGUGUCCAGGCCAAAUCCACCUAAAAAGAGAGAACAAGAAAGGCUGGAGGACUAUGAAAACGUCAAAAUAGCACAUGUACUCAAAUCCCCGAAUCCAUUAAACGAUGACACAGACACCAGUGAAGAGGAAGUGGAGCUCAACUACACACAGGUGAGCUUCACGGCGAAGCCAGGACAUCAGACGGCCAACAGCGACUCCAGCACCUCUGACGAGGAUGACAUUCAGUACUCUGACGUCAAACUCUGACUUAGGAUAUUCUUAUCCUACUUUACAUAUACAGCCACCUUGCGCCUGAGAUAUCCUGAAUUAUGGCCAUAAUCAAUCAUAAGGGUUAGUAUGGUAAAUAAGGGUUUUAUUACUCUACAGCAGUGAUUCCCAAACAGGGGGUACGUGGAGAGCUCAACAAACUAAUUCAACUAAACUAAAAAAAAUAGAAAUUGCGAUUUAUUUAUAAAACAUGUUGGGAGUAAUGGAUAUAUCAUUCAAAUAUCAAAUUGUAAUAUAUAGCUGAAAUGAGCUAAAAGGAAUGGAUAAACCUUCAAAAAUUUUAGCUAAAAGUAAUGAAAAAAACGUUGAACUGAGCUAAAAGUAACAAAGCAGUUGAAAUGGCUAAAUGUAUGGGAUAAAUGUUUGAAAUGUCCAGACUUUUGCAACUUAAAAUGGCAGUAAUACGAAUGCAAAAUGAUACAACAAUACCUCUUUUAUAUAUUUUUAUGGUGUUAAAUAACAUGUAGUUUAUAACCCAUUCAUAA